GGCAGUGAAAGAUUGAUUUGACCUUAACGGACUACUUUUGACCGUAGUUAACGGCGCACCACCUAGACGAAUUUCCGUUUGGUUUCGUCUACUGAGCAGUGUCUGUCAGGAUCAGGAGGACCAGGGUUCAAAGUUCAACUGGCCAGUCCUCUCUGUCGCUUUCCAUUUUCCUGUCUUCUAAAUUCCAAGACAUAAAUCCAUCAAAAAAUACAACUAGACACGAGCACUUCCAAAGUCCAAUGUCUUUUUCUCGCGGCUGUUUCCUGUUGUAGUAUUUGUCUUUUAUUUUUUAUUUUAUCUCUGUUCUUUGUGGUUGUUGUGGUUACUAUCUCUUCCUGUUCCUACUUUUUCAACACUCUAGGUUAACUAUGGAGAAGAAACAAGGCUUGUUUUGGGGGUUGAAAGAGGACUUAAUGAGAGGGAUGUCGCCGGCGAGCAGUAGUUCUCCGAUGUCAAGUUUACUCCAGCGGAAGAAGAAAGAGGAUGUUCUUCCACUUGAGUUGUUUGUUGGAGGAAUAUGCCCUUCUACUCCGGUGAGGCCACCGUUGGAAGCAAUGUCGCCGUUGAGGGAGGGACCAGAGGAAACAGAAUGUAGCUUCGGUGUUUCCUCAUCUUCUGAUUUGAGGUUGCUGCUUAGUGUUUUGGGUGCACCUCUUGCUCCUCUUCAUGUCACCAUCACUGAGCCCUUUCCUCACCUUGCUAUCAAAGACAUUCCCAUUGAAACAUCUUCUGCUCAGUACAUAUUACAGCAGUACAUAGCAGCUUCUGGGGGGUUGAAGAUUCAGGAUUCCAUUAACAAUGUUUAUGCAAUGGGAAAGGUGCGGAUGAUUGCUUCCGAGUUUGAGACGGCUAACAAGCUCGUGCGCACUCGGAAUCCCACUAAAGCUGCACAAUCCGGUGGGUUUGUCUUGUGGCAGAUGAAGCCAGAGAUGUGGUAUGUGGAGCUUUCUCUUGGUGGAAGCAAGGUUCAUGCAGGUUGCAAUGGGAAGCUUGUGUGGCGGCACACACCUUGGCUUGGUCCUCAUGCAGCCAAAGGGCCAGCUAGGCCUCUAAGACGUGCUCUUCAGGGUCUUGAUCCAAGAACAACUGCAAGCAUGUUUAUCAAUUCAAGAUGUGUUGGUGAGAAGAAGAUAAAUGGAGAGGACUGUUUCAUUCUCAAAAUAUGUUCUGAUCCAUCCACAUUAAAAGCCAGAAGUGAAGGCUCAUCAGAGAUCAUAAGACAUGUUUUGCUUGGACACUUUAGUCAGAAAACAGGACUUCUUAUUCACUUGGAAGAUUCCCAUUUGACUCGUAUUCAGAACAACGGAGGCGAUGCUGUUUAUUGGGAGACCACAAUCAAUUCAUUCCUUGACGAUUACAGACCCGUUGAAGGGAUUAUGAUUGCUCAUUCGGGUCGUUCUCAAGUGACACUUUUCAAGUUUGGAGAAACAGCAAUGAGCCACACUAAAACUAGAAUGGAAGAAGCAUGGGUAAUUGAGGAAGUGGCUUUCAAUGUCCCUGGCCUUUCUGUGGACUGUUUCAUUCCUCCAGCUGAGCUAAGGUUUGCUUCUGUAAGUGAAACCUGUGAGUUUUCUCCAAGUCAGAAGAUGAAGAGUGAUGUGUAGCAAAGGGGAAAUUUCUGCAUUAGCCUAGUUGUCUAAUUUCAAGACUUUUAUCCAUACUGAUACCUUGCUGGAGGCAGAUAAUGCAGCAAGGUUGUCAGUUGUGCUUUUCUGCUGCAGGACACUGUCUCAUCAAUUUUGUUAAUAGGGACAAACUUGAAUUGAAAUAUUCUCGUGGUUUUUUCUUGGCGGGGGAUUAUGCACAGUAAGGUUUUUUCCACUUGUUUUCGUUUUGGGUUUAGCUGAUUGCCUGAUAAGUGAUAACUAUAGUAUGCUAUCAUUUGUCAUUCUGUGGAAGCCUAGUUACUGUUUGCAGCCCUAAGAAAUUUUCUACCCACUUAAAUGAAAAUCAUAUGGUAUUUAAGAA